AUGGGAUGUUCGACACCCGUUACUGUUCGGUCGCAGGGGGUUGAGAAGGCUGUCGCAGAUGAUACAAUCACAUCAUCAUUCGCAUCACCUGGAGCGUCAGAGGCCGAGAAAGCAGCACCUCUAAGGAAGAGCGCCAUUGUCAGCCUUGGCUUUGUCGACAUGUCUGGCAAAGAGUCACAUUGGAAAAUGAACGCGUUCGGCGAGGCUAUCGUUCCGUCCCCAAUCCCGGUCUUGCCUAAGCCCCUUGCUCUCAGCUACCGCAAUUUCUACAACCACUACGAAGAACACGACUUCUUGAAGCGAGUAAAGGAGCAGACUGGCUAUCCCCGAGUACUCGUUGGCUGCUCUCUCGUCUCAGCUAUGCUCCGCCACUACUUCCCGUCGGUGGAGUAUGUGGUGAAGCAAGUAUGGCCAAGCACCAGCACCGGAGCAGAGUUCACACAUGACGCGGUUGUGAAUGGAGUUCCAAUAGCCGGUACUCGCCAUUGGGCUGUGCAAAAGAAGUCCGACGCCGCGAUCACGGUACUGGUUGUGAUUGUCACCGAUCCAGAAUUCUGCAUGCCUCCUGCUCGCACAGCGCCCGCUCAUCUUGCUGUGACGAAAAAUCACCUCGAAUCACGACAUAGACUGACCAUCCACGGCGAUCGAAUGUCUCGUGGUGCGGUCAUACUUCUAGCCUGCGCCGGAAGCCCUCUCAAACCGACCUUCGAGUUCUACCACUUUGACUCGAGCCACGAGCAGAAAGGCCUACUAGCCCCUAUGGCUACGCACGCGCAAGACAGCCAAGGGGCUGCUUCCAACAGCAUUUCGCUCGCCCCAGAGCUCGCAGAGCAGGUCGACCACACGUUCAAGACCAUCGUCCGCGCUUCUUCUGGCCAAGCCGGCUGGCCUCAAGCCUUGACACCCUCACCGACUCAAAUGGCACCGGUUCUGACCCUACUUCCGAAGCGCAAGGCCAAACAUACAUCCAACGCUUCACCGGCACCGAAGAUAAAUCGCCUGCAGUUUUCACCCCAAGCUCGCCUGCCACUGACGCCCGCCGCCACGGCUCCGAACUCACCGGCAACAAUCAUCGUGCCGGUGUCAGCUCGCCACAGCAUCGAGGUCAAGAACGACAAGACGCGGAAGAUGGAGCAUCAUGAAAUUAGCGAAGACUAUGUUCGCACCGUCAAGAUGAACAAGUCGGGCAAUCUCAUCGAAGCGUUCGGCCGUAUGAUACCGAAUGGAAAGUCCAAGGCGGUUCGACAGGUUGCAGAGGCGAUGGGGCAUACUUUCAAUAGGCCGGAUAAUUGGGUUGGGCUGGCAGGCGAGGACGGUCGUGCUGAGCGGAGGAAGUAA